UAAGGCCCUUUUUCAAUUAUAGAAAAAUGCAGUUCAAAUAAUAUAACCACACCCCGCCAAAAGAUUGUUAAUGUUCAUGGUCCACAGACCCUCUAUUGUGUCUUGAGUUCGCCGAGAUCGCAAGGUUGGCGAAAUAAUCUCGGUGUGUGAAAUGCGCGCGCACUAAAACGCAAUGGGGUGGGGCUGGGGAGAGAUGCGGCGGAACUCGCGCUCCGCGCUCGAAGAAAAAUAACUCGCAGCCCAAAAAUAUACGUCUGUGGAGAGACUAUAAUGUUCAUGAUAGUUUCAAGUUUUAAGAGAUAAAUCAUUGCUAACGCAAAAGUAACAAAGGGAAAUAGUCUUCGAGGGGUAGGGGUUAUGUCUUCCCAUGUGCCCCCAAAAUUAUUUCCUGUUUCCAAUUUUUCCCUAAACGUUUAUGCAUUAUGCGCCUGGUUUCUAUUUUCCACAAAGUUCCCUUAGGCUUCCUCCCAGCACAAUCCAACCAUAUCCCCAUUGAAAAUGACCACUCCUCUGGAGACCCGCAUAGUUCACAUGGAAGCUCCUUUACAAGGUGUUAAGUGAAUUACAUGUAAACGAAAUAAAUUCAAUUAGGAACAGCGUAUGCAAGUAUGUCACGGAAAACAGAUAACAUCGCCUUUGUCUUAGCUAAGUAUGUUUUUUCACUUUUUAAGUGCUUAAAUUUACCAGUUGAUUUUCAAUUUCUUUUGCGAAUCUCUUUAGUCAUUUUUCCUAAUUUCGUAAUGACGAUGUAAGUAUAAAUCAAUGUAAAGUCACGAUCAGAUAAAGGUUGUUUGUUUACUUUGCUCGUGGUUACUUUAGCUACUGUUCACUGAGUACAUUUUGACACUUCUUGCCCGCCCACAUUUUACAUGGGAAAUUGAGUUUGGGUUCUCACCGUAACGAAGAUGUCGCUCUUGGCCUUUCUAGUUAUUUGCGUUCACUUGAUGGCUUUUACGACAAUAGCUUCCCAGAGUCAUGGCUCAGAGUUGAAAGCGAAGAGAUCAUCUAACAGUUGCGAAGGCCCUGGCGGUGUAAGCUUACAUUCGUACAUGAAACAAUUGUAUCGCACACGAGCGCAAGGUAAUGGAAAUGGCAGUUUUACCAUCUCGUUAGGGGCCCAGAAAAUUGUUGCUACUUCAAUUCGUGGUUUUGAACCGGAGAGAAGCGGGACCAAAUGGCAAGGUUCAACCAUCCAAAUGCAGUUUCAGUUAGGAAACGCCUUCAAAGAUGACUCAUUAGUGGAAGCACAACUGAUUGUAACAUCUAAACAAGGAAGUUUGUGGAUGAGCCGCAAAUUUAUCAUCAGUGUUUACCAACCCAUUUUGGCGCCAAAUGACACGAAACCUUUGGAUUCCCGUUCUUUCCCGCGCAGGGCAAAUGUUGAGUUUGGACUGAACGUGACACGUGCUGUGAGGGUUUGGAGUAUUACAACAGCGAAGACCUACACAUUACAGGUAUGACUUAGAUUACUAGAUAUUCAAUAUUUCUGGUUCCUGUCCAAGGAAUAUGUUUUAACCUUCAAGUGACCCAUUCAUUUCUCAUGACUUGUUAGGGUAUUUUCAAGAUCGAUUUUUUUCUACAAGAAGGUUUUUCAUUUAUUAGAACUGUAAAGAGAAAUUUCAUGCUGACUCUCUUGAGACUCACUUUCCUCGCCCUCUAUUACAGUAUCCCAUGCACUGAUACCAAUGACUGACCCAACCCUGUAUCCUUCACCCCAUUCCUCCCUCUAUCCCCAGGGCCCUACUUUCAGCUCUUACUCUCCCUCUUGCUUCCUCCUUCCCUCUCUCCCUUUUUACCCUUGCUUGCUUGCUUUCCUCCUCCUCGCCUUCCUUCCUUCCUUCCUUCCUCCUUUCCUUCUAUACUUGCCUAUCUCUGUCUUCCCCCUCUCUUUCCCUUCUUCCUUCCUUCCUUUCACACUCCCCCUUCCCAAUCACCCUCUAUUAAUAUAUUUCUUCAUUCUUGUAGUUAAAGAUAGAAGAUUUGGCUCGACGCAAUAGCACCAAAGCUUCUGUGUUACAGGUGUGGAGGUCCAUCAAGCAUGGCCAUCAACAUGGACCUUUCCUGGUAUUGUACACUCAUUCCAAGCACGUAAAUGCCAAGGAUGACAUCUGGAAGUUGGUGACACUCAACCCUCACGCUAUAACUCCCACACCAGACAACACCACUGUCGGGAAGGAAAAUAAAGAUAUCACUCAGAGUGAUGGCCAAACUCUGAGGCACCCUUCCUUGACUUGCACUCAGGUGUCAUUUGCCGUCAAAAUGAAAGACUUUUACAGUAACAUUAUCAUGCCGCAGAUUGGCUAUGUUAACUACUGUGAUGGCUACUGCUAUUUUCCAAUCCAGAAUCACUUGACACCCACCACACAUGCUAUUAUUUGGGCAUUGUGGUGGAAAAGACAUAGUUCUGAUAUCUACACACCCAGGAGACCGUUAUGCAUUCCAUCUAAGCUAGGCACCAUAACUGUCAUCCUCUCUGAUCCUGAAACAGGCCAGCCAGUACAGAAAGAGUGGCAGGAAUUUUCAGCCGAAGAGUGCGGCUGUCGUUAGUGUUUUAAUCCACAGUCGAGUUUAGUCAUUGUGUUAUCCAGUUCAGAAUUCACUUGAGGAUGAGGUUCAAAGGUGGGGAAAAGGAAGUGUUGUCAGAGGUGGGGAAAGGGGGAGAGGGGGGGGGUUUAGGUGAGGGGUGUGGUGAGGUAAUCCCAGAGGUGGGUAAAGGGAGAGUGUUGUGGGGGAGGGAGAAAUGUUCCCUGAGUAAAGUGACCCAUUUACCCCUGUUUAUAAAUGUUUUUCCCAGGGAAUUUUAUGUUUAGUUUUUCCACAGUUCUUGCUUCAUUUGAAAAAAAAAAUUGAUGUUGUGGCUUACAGCCCUAGAGAAAGUCUCGGUAUUAUUCAGUGUAGUAGUAAUAUUGAGUUGAUUUGUUUUGAGAGACUCCUUAACUAGCAUGAUGUACUGUUCUUUGGCAUAUGCUAACACAUAUCGCAGUUUCAUUUGAUUAACUGUAUCAUGUUUUAUUGCAAGGAUCAUUGAUGAUUAUUAAUAUGAAAUGUGUUUAUUUAAAGUGUUUACAACUACAGUUCAAUACCGAUGCAGUCGGAAUCUGAAAAAUCACACAUUUAAGGGCUGUUUCUUUGUUUGCUAUGAGAGAGUGCUUGUCUGAAUAGUUGUCAGAAUGCCAGAAAGUAAAGAACUCUAGAAAUAGCCAUAAACCAAUCAGAACGUGUGAUCCGCGAUCCGUAAUACUUUAAAAGCGCGGGAAAUGUCACAUGAUUCAAAUUAGUUUAGGUUUUUGCAAACCGGCAUCUUUGGUGUGAUUUGUUAGAACUGGUUUCACGCAUGUAUGACAUCGGUUAUAGAACACUAAAGCACAAAUGAACAGUAAACAAACACUCUAUAGUCAUUGUAUAAGAGAGAUAAGCAAACCAAGUUGGAUUCCGUUGAAUUAAAAUAGUAACCCGCUGUUUAGACAAGAACGCUUAGGCUAAGCUAGUUCUACUCUCCUGCAAUAAACUUUGUAAACCGAUCAACGGUAUCUACAGUCGUUCUCGUAUAGUAGCACUAGAGAGUAACGCAAAUCAUUAUGUUAAAUAGGGGUAAAAAUAACAGUAAUCAAGAAAGUACAUGCAAAAAGUACAAGUAAUAAAAUUGCGUCAUGCUUUAUCACAAGGAAAUCUAUUCCCUGUUGAA